UUCACAAUAUUCACAUUUACUUAUUUAACUAAAAUUAAAAGGAUGAAUAGUUAAAAAUGGCCGAGGAAAAACCCUACAAGUGUGUUAAUUGUGGAGAGUCAUCGGCGGCCUUGUACAAAACUUACGGACCAUCUGUUUUGAAGCUGACCAAAUGCGACAAAUGCAAUGGAAUCGUCGAUAAAUACAUUGAAUAUGAUCCAGUUAUUGUUAUGAUUGACCUAGUAUUAGUAUCGAAGGAAGCUCAGAGACAUGUGCUGUAUAAUACAGAAUUUAAGGCAUAUUGGAAGCUCUUCAUAAUCCUGAUAAUGAUAGAAACAUAUGGACUGUGGCGGAGCGACAGUUUAUUCAACAUUUUGGUCCACACUGCAUGCGGCAUUGAGACCAACAAUACCACCUUGAAUUUGACACAAUUACCUUCCCCCCUGCGAUGGGAAGCUCCUGUAUGGUGGCAGCGACAAUGCAGCGGCUGGCAGCCGGAAGAGAGAGAUGAGCGUGAUCUGUUCAUUUGGGAGAAACACUUCUACGUACAGUUCAUUUCUACAUUCGCUGGGGUCGCAGCGUUCAUUUUGACGGUGCACUUCGCCAUGAAAAUGCUCCAGCCAUUUAUUUCACAGAACGAAACCCGCUUCUCAUCGUUACUAAAAGCGUUCUCACUAGCCAACGUGAGCAUUCUGUUAACCCUGCCAAUGCUGGUGUGGGGCUCUGAUCCUGAAGCCGAGACGAGAGCCUUUCACUACGGGCUAGUCUUUGUCUACAGCUUCGCGGUGCAUCUUAACACUUUUAUUGUUUUGUACGAGUGUCCAAUGGCGAUCACAGCGCUGGUGCUGACAGCCAGCAACAGUAUGAAGUUCCUCGCCACCUACCACACCACGCCGCUCAUCAGGGAGCUGCUGCAUUAGAUUAGAUAUAAACACUUUCACAGGCAAGAACCCUCCAGGUGGGCACUCGGGAACUUUGCUCAGAUACCGGAGCACCCGCCCAGCGGGUUCUCGCCAUACAAGCGGCCGGUUGCUAAUUACGACCAGUGUCUGACUUAGUGCAAUAAUUUUGUCUGUUAGUGAACGUGUUAAGAGUUUGACGACUGAACUAGUCAGGUAGAAGUAUUUUUAACUAUAAAACUCCCGUGAGCCUUCUAUUACAAAUAUUUUAGGCCUGUCGUUACUCUUUAAAAAGUGGCGCCAUCUAUGUGUGGUGUAGUCUAUGCGCGUUCUUAGGCGGUCACAUUUUAAUGUAUGAGCGCUGGUCUUCCGGUGUGACCAACCAAAAAGUGAGUGUUGCUGGCAAUGAAUGUUUUAAAAUAUUUUUGAUAUAUUGAAGUAAGUAAUCCUCCUAUAAAAUUUAGACUGAAUUUAAUUUUAAAAGGAAUGUAGAUACUUAUGCAGAUAAUAAAACCGUUAUAACGGUCCAAACUCCAAAGAAAACAAUCUGUACAAUAACUAACUAAUUAAGAGAUUUAAUAUGAGGAGUAUGUGAAUAAAUAAACAUUUACAGUAUCACAGAGUAUUUAUUUAAAAAUAUAUAAUUUGUAACAUUACAUAGACGCCUUACUUGGAAAAAUGUUCAAAGCAAGAUAGACACAGACCUAAUAAAUUCACACAAAUGAGAAAAUCAGCUGAUUGAAAAUUUAGUUUGCUUCAGACGGUACUUUGAUAGCUCAGUUAUUGUGAAAUUAUUCUUUAUUCCGUUUGAAGUGAUUAAAUUUUCAAUUCUUCCCCUAAAUUUAGAAAUAAUUAUACUUUUAUAAUUUAGACAUGCACUUAAUUUAAAUAUUUCACUGUAUACUUAUUACAACUAUAAUAAAUAACAUUUGUGUAGUUAUCAAAGGAAAACCACAUACCUAACGUCAGCCGGGGUGAGUAGAAUCAAAGCCAGUAUGAGAUUUAAAAGCCUGGCCAAAAAUAUAUGACAACGCACCAUGCUGCAGAAUUUCAUUACAACUAUUAGGGCCACUUGCACCAACUAAUUUAUUUUUCCCCUCACUAGCUCAGAAACACGUGUUUUGUCCUUUAAUACCAGCGCGUAAAAACGCAUUUUAUCCACUAGUGGGU